UAGGUACAUCACAAAUUAAUGACUGUAUAGGUUGUACUAACUAGCUAUGACGUUAAUUACAAGCAUGGCCAUUCAGGGACGCACAGAGCGCGUCGCGUUUAUUAGCUACUAGUUAUGCGGUGUAGAACUUGACUUUUAUAUAUCAUUUCAUACUUCAUACUUCAUAUCUCGUACCUCAAUACUUAAUACCAAAAUACGUUCAGUUCUAUUAAGAUUUUUGUAUUAUUAUUCCCGAUACGAUGCCUCCUAAACGCCCUGCAGCUAGCGCUGGCACUUCUAGGAAGAAAGCUAAGACAUUGAGUGAUGAGCCGCCGAAAAGCAAACGAUGGUCUGCCGUGUCCGGCUCGGCUAAUGCCGAUGCUGACUACAAAACGAUCUGGGAGAAACCCGACAAAUGGUAUUCGUUUGUAACCAUCUGCCCGCCAAUACCGGAUGAUGACGAUGACGAGGACGAGGACGAGGACGAGGACAAGGAACAAGAGGAGGAGGUCGAUGAGGAUGACCCCGAGGAUGAAAGCAGGGAUGGACCCAGAUGCACCCGAAAAGGUUGUAUAUGCUCCAAACCAGCUGGGGAGAAUCCAGACCACCCGUGGGUUGUGAGUCGGGCUGGCUACCGGAAAUAUUCCACCCAGAAUAUCCAUUUCUCAUUGCGUAACCCUGAUUACUUCGAUAUGUACACCUAUAACGACCACGUUGGCUACGGAUGCGUUCAGAUUGUGCAGAACUUGGUGUUGGAUUAUGUCGAGGCGGUAGAGCGCGGCUGGAGAGAACAAUGGGCCGUUUGCGAAGGUCUCGGACUUUGGCUACUGAGCUCAGCUAGCGGUAGGAUGAUGAUGAUUGACGAUGGCGAAUGUGUCGAUCAAACUAUGCGUCUCAUUGGCCGUAUGUUCCUAGAUAUGCUGGCGCAACUCGAUGGCCUGAAUCUGGUUGGUGACGCUACCGACGUCAAGAGCUUGGGUACCGUCAUGGCUAUAUAUUUGAAAAUUGCUUCAGAAGUACGCUCAAUUGGUGGUAUCCUCGAGGAAGACGACGAUGACAGGGGAGGUCGCAAACCCAAAUUUCAGGCCAACCACUUCGAUGAUGCCAUUCUUUCAUACGCCAAUCAGCGCGGUGUUACAUUACAGGGUCCUGAAGAUAUCGACGAGAUCACUGCAAAUCUCGAGGGGGAAGUAGAGUUACCUAAGAAGAACGCAAAGGAUCCAUGGGGCUUUAAAACGGCAUUAAAGAUAUACGAGAAGAAUUACGGUAAAGGAAAACCCCACGCUAUCGGUGGCGAUGAUUUAGACAUCACAACUUGGACGAGCUCCCAGCGGAAGCAGGCAAAUUUUGACCAUAAGGACCCAUUAGGUAAGCGAGAGAUAGACGCGAUCAAAAAGGGGAUGGUGAUGCAACUUGGGUGAUCUCGUCAUAUCCCUGAUCGGAGUUGAUAUUGUGAAAUGAAGGAAUUUGUGAAAUAUAUGGAUUGGUCAUACAUUACGAAUGUUGCUAUAAACCAGCUUGGACUGCCUUGUCUCUUAUAGGGGCAAUGUAGUAUUUGUUCUAUG